AUGGCUUCCUCAUCUACAGAUGAAGUUGUCGCUUCCUAUGCGAUUGGGUUAUUCGAAAAUUACUGCGAUGUCACAGCACCCACUGUCGUUGUGUAUGACUGGCUGCUUACAUUCCCCCGAGAGGCACAGUUGAUGCUCAGGGGACGUGCUCGACCUCUAUCCGUGGCUUUGUACCUUGCAAACAGGUAUAUCAAUCUCCUCGACGAAACAAUGGGACUCCUUGGUUACAACACCUCGUUGUCUACCAAGAGCUGCACCGGUAUAGCUUUUUCAAAUCUUGUCCUUACCUAUCUAUCCUUGUUGCCGCCUGCCUUGUUUACUGGUCUCAGGGCCUUUGCGCUCAGCUCGGACUGGAGGAUUUCCUCCUUGAUUUUGAUCCUCUCAUGCCUGCCCUUUGCAACGAACAUGGUGACAUUCGGCUACCAUCUUAGUGGUCUUGAGGACCCGAUCCUGGGAUGCUUGGAUGAUAUCGUUCAGCCCGAAUCCCUUUUCCGAAAAGUCGGCAACAUCAAUAGGACAUGCACUAUUGCUGCCGAUACACUACUCAUCGUACUCACUUGGCGGUCUCUACGUGUGCAAACUAUUGGACAGGCCGCAGGCGCAAUAUCCGAGAAGGGUCUUGUGGGAGUGAUGCUACGAGAUGGGAUGCUUUACUUCGGUAUUCUUCUUGUUCUCAAUAUCGCCCAGCUCCUUGUGGAGGAACUCUCGUUCUUCGAUACCCUAGGAGAUAUUGUGGCGGUAUUCAGUGCCCCACUGUCCUCCAUUCUUGUAUCACAUUUUAUGCUCGACCUCCAAGAAGCCUACCAAAGGAAGGUCGUCGGCUUGGCUUCCAAUGAUCCGCUCCACACUUCGCACACUAUGAGCGUCCCUUCUUUGAACUUCGCAAAUGCACUCGGUUCGAUCGCCACCCACAUAGACCAGCCGAAAUCUGACCUCCAAAACCCCGGAUGGGAGGACUAUGAGGUUGAAGAACCAAACAGCUUCUCGCCGAAUGCUCAAGAUACGUUUGAUGCCGAGAAUGCCGAGGCAGUACAGAAGCAUACAGUAACUGCUACAGAGAUUCAGCAAAUCAGUGAAGGCGGGGCGGCUGCUGAAGUGUGAAACCUUGAAAGACUAUACUCAGGUACUCGUGCACACCAAUGGUGCUCUCGUCAUCAUGUUAGUUGUGACAUCUCCCCC